CGGUACCUCACUACUUCGACACGUACACAUUGCCUCACUGCCAUGAACUUUCAGUCCAACGACCAAUACAUACAUGACAGAGUUAACCUCGCUCGAUUGGUGAGAAGGCUCGAGAAAAGCAUCGCUGCCGAGGACUGGGACGCGGCACAGCUGCCACCGCGCGCGACAUGGAUCAAGACUCAGCAAACACUGCAGAAAUUGAAGUACGCGCGGAAGCUGCUGGAUAGCGUCGAACUACAUGAGCACGACCAAGACGCAUUCCGGAGGUACGAAGAACUCCGCGCAACUCUUGCGCGCCUGCAUAAUGCCGUAAAGGAGGUAGACCAACGGGUCGCACCAUCCCCAACACGUCCGCCGCCAAUAUUGCCGACUCUUCCGCUACCCAAGACCGCAAAGCCAGCCCCCGUGCCAUCCAUACGCAUCUCCGAGGAAGAGAAACACCCGCAGGACGGCGCGCCUUCAGCCAACGAUCUCCUGCUUUCUCCCUCAGACACACUGCUGGAUUCCGCACCCGUCAGUGCCACCCUCCUCCCCGCAGAUCCACCCUCCCCCGCCGCACCCGCCACGACGCCCACCCCCGCAUUCCUGCAGAACUCGUCCGCGCUCCAGGAGGAGCUCUCCGCCCAGCUCGCCCAGAUGGCGACUCAGCUGAAGCGGAACGCGCAGCACUUCUCUAACACCCUCGAGAAGGACAAGGCGCUCGUGCAGGAGACGCAGGAGAAGCUUGAGCGCAACCACGACGUCAUGAGCAGGGAGCGCGUCCGCGUGCGGGACCACCACUCGAAGAGCUGGGGGACGACGUGGCUGGUGAUGCUGAGCAUGGUGGUCGCACUCGUUGGCUUCAUACUCACGUUCUUCGUGAUUCGCUUGACUUGAGGUGCAGCUCUUAGGGAUCAUCUGGACUAGUGG